CAUAUCGCAACACACACGCAUACGCCGAACCAUCUCAUCAUGGCGUCUACCACUCCCUCCACAAGCCCCUCUUUACCCGACGAAGUCACAACCAGGAUCCUCUCCCUGAUACUAUCCUUCAUAGUCAGCGAGAAGAACAGAAACUUCGCCUUUCUCGCGCGGCACACCCACAGCGUCCUCGCCAUCUCGAAUAUCCUAUCUGUGACCCCCGCCAACGCGGCGGAUGCGCGGCUCGUGUGCGCCAAGAACAACUUCCUGGGGCCUGAGGAGCUUGGGUUCCAGUGGUUGACGUUUCGGGAGAAGAGGUUCGAGAGUCUGACUGAGAGUGUGGCUGUGAGGGUGAGGCGCCCCGGUGGUGUUGAAGAAAGAAAUAAGGAAGGAGUUAGUUUGGGGGGUUUGGUGGAGGCGCUGGCGUUGAGGGAGGAGAAGAAGAGGUCGUCGGGGGUUAAAGAUAAUGGGGGGACGAAGAAGCGGAAGAGGUUUUUGGAACGGAGGGAGUUCGAUUACGAUGAAAACAUUGGUCGCGAGUUCCUGGAGUUUAAUUUCGCGGGGAACGAGUAUGUCAUACCGGCAUUGGCGACUGAUGGAGCUGCGACUCCAAAUUCGACAGAGUCUACAGACUCAAUCGCAACGACGGCUUCAAGUCAAUCCAUAGCCUCUGUAUGUCAAGAGCUUGAAAUCGAGCACAUCGACGCGCUCGACACCAACGAUGGGUCCUGGGUCCAUCUUCCAACUUGGUACGUCACACUCCUCCCCUCCAUAUCCCCUCUUUUACUCCCAAACUCCUCACUAACUUUUGCUCUUCUUCUUCUUCCUCCACAGGCUCCGCCGCAAAUUCGAGUACAACGACCCGUACGAAGCGCAGCUCAUCGACUACCAAAACGCCGAACUCCUCACGUGGUGGCGUCAUAA